UCCGACAUCGCACAGCACAGGACACCACCACCAACUCGAUCGGCGCCGCCUGGAACUUAGCCCCAGAUCCCGAGGCCGGCGAACCGGAGCCCGCCGCGCGGCCCUGUCGCGUGGCGUGCUGCGGGGGUUCCCUUCCCGGCGAAAAAAAAGUCCGGGUCGCGUGCGCACCGCUGGCGCUGGCGCGCGCGUCACCCGGACGGCCGGCCCGUUGGAACUCACUCGGGAACAGGGUCGCGCGCGCGUGCGUUCUUGACUUUGAAGAUAGCAUGGGACCCGAUAAUAGAAGAGCCCACCGGUGCUCGGCCACGCUGUGCGGCGGCUAGCCAACGGGGUGACCGUCACCCAGAGUGGUCGAUCUCGAUCGCUUUGUGUGGGUGUGGCGCGCCAUGUCUUCUUACGAAUCUCUGCUCUCGCUGAGCCCCGCGGAGCACUGGAUCGGCGGCGGCGAGUUCGUGGACGACCACGGCGGCGGCGGCGACGAAGACAGGGCAGCAGCAGCCGCCGCCGCCGCGUCGAGCUUCCUCUCCUUCGACAUCGGCGUAGAGUUCUACCACCACCCGACGGAGCCAGCGGCGUUCCAUGCGGAGCAGCCGGCGCCACUGCUCUUUGACGCGCUCCAAGCCGAAACUGACUACAGCGUGAGUGGUAUAGCCGGAAGCAGCAGUGAAGAAGGUGAGCCCGGCAAGCAGAGCCUGCCGGACGCGUCAGCGCUCAGCUCAGAGGGGCACGGCAAUUUCAGAUGUUUCACUACUAGCGCCGGCGGCGCCGGGAGCCUCCCCGUACCAGCGGCGAGGGAGGACGGGAAGAAGAAGAUCGCGUUCAAGACGCGGUCGGACGUGGACGUGCUGGACGACGGGUACCGGUGGCGCAAGUACGGCAAGAAGAUGGUCAAGAACAGCCCCAACCCGAGGAACUACUACCGGUGCUCGAGGGAGGGUUGCCAGGUGAAGAAGCGGGUGGAGCGGGCGCGGGACGACGCGCGCUUCGUCAUCACCACCUACGACGGCGUCCACAACCACCCCGCCGCGCCGCCGCCGCCGCACGCGCCGCGGGGCUACCACCGCCUCCUCGACCCGCCAGCCGCCGGCGCAGGGCCACCGCGCGUCUUGUAGGUCUCUAGAAGAAGCUAGCGCAUGGACGACAUGCAUGACACGGCACGGCAAGUCCAGGAACAGUACUACCCCCUCCGAUCCGGCCAGAAAAGCCUGACAUUUUGCACAAGCAGAACGGUUUUUUUUCCCGCUAAUAAUCAUGCAUGAACGUCAACAUUUUUUUUGGUCGCGGGAGGUGGUAUAUGUCAAGGAGACUUGUACAAUUAGCCUAUCACUUUGUCCAAAGAUGAUUUAUAUUAUUUUUUCAAUGAUGAUGAUUAGUCGGUUAUGAA